CCAAACCCUCUCUUUCAAAUGCGACACUUUUUUCUUGUUUUUGUUAUUUUCUCAUCAAAAAACGCAUCGAGAUUUGUUGUAUAUCAACUUGAGAAGACAAGGAUUUGGUACCCAAUCAGUAAAAAAAAUACCCAAUGGAAGUUGAAGGGUAGAGAGUCACUUCACUUUGGCUCUGUUUUCUCUGUCUUUUUGGGUCUCUUGUAGAGUGAUUAAAGUGGAGAAAGCAAGAUAAAGGAAGGGGGUGGUUGUAAAUUUUGAUGGGCUUGGUGAUUUAAGCUCUGAAUCUGGUUUCAGCUUCUGGGUAUCUCUGGGAUUCUGCUACAAAGUUCUUAGGUCUUUGGAGAUCUACCAUCUUCUACUUUGUGAUUUCAUGGCAUGAGGUGAAAGAGGGUUAGAAGAUUGAAGCUUAUUAUAUGUCUCUUGUUUUGAUCAUUCCUUGUUUGAAAAAAGAAAUGGUCUUGGUACAUUGGAACGGUAGUAUAUUAGAAGACGAAGAUGAAAAGGAAAAUGGUGAGUUAGAUUCCAAGGUAUCAAAGCUCAAGAAGAAGCAUCCAUUUAUUUUGGAUGUUAGACAUCCUUUUCGGAAUAAUCUAAGUAUUCCACACUACAUCAAAUUUCUCAAUGUCAAUAGGAACCUCAGGUGGUUUGAUACAGAUUUUGUGGAAAAUAGAAACUCAAACCAUCUCGAUUUUCUUUGUAGAACAUCAUCUUUAGUUAAUAUCCCUAUAAACUUGAGUCCUUCAGAGAUGAUCAUUGACCGGUUUGGAGAUUCUAGAAGAAGAAGAAGUGCAAGUGAUCUCACUGACCUCUUUGAAUUAGCCAAAAGAACUUUCAUGCGAAGAUCCCUUUUGAAGAGCUCGAUAAUUUUUCAAUUAGGAAAACUAGAUGGUUCAAUUAGACCAUUUAGGGCAACAUCCUUUAGUAUGAAUCCAAUGAAGACUUUCGAGUUUAUUAGCUCUCCAUUAUCAAAGGAUCCCAUUUCCAAAGUGACUUCUCCUAGCACUGAAAUAUCCAAUUCUAAGGCUUCUGAGAAAUUGCUUGUCUGUCGCUCAAGUAAGAAUUCCACAAUUUCGCACCAAUCAAAGCCUUCUCCAAAUCUUACUGUUUCCAAAGGGUUUCUUCAUUGUGUUUGGAAGAAGGAUUCUCUCAAUAUCUUAUUCAAAGAGGAUAAUGAUAGCGGGAAAGAAUAUGUGGCUAGUUUUCAUCAGAUUGAAUCAAACGAUCAAGCAUUGGACUUCUUAUAUAUCUUCCAUUCGAGAUCAAGUAAUAAGUCAGAAGAAUUUGUUGGCAAGAUGAAAGUAUUUAGCUCUUUGAUACUCAAUCCAAAUGGGUCCAAAUCAGUGGAGACGGAGUUUGUUUUAUAUGGCGUCCAAGACCAUUCAAGUGAAAUGCAAGAUUCAACUUUUAGCGCAAUGAAGAAUAAAGGCUUAUCUAAGGUGUCCAAAAUACUUAAGUCGAGCAAUUCUUUGAAGCACAAGUCUACGAGCAAAAUUGUCAAACCAAGCUCUCAACUUGAAAAUGGUUUCCAACCAAAUCUUGAGCUAGCUGCUACCAUAGUAAAAAGCUCAUCGCAUUUUCAUGAGAAAGAUAAAGAAACGGGCGGUUGGGGGCUUAAGUUUCUCAAAAAAGUUGCAAUAGAUCCGUUAUUGAAUUAUGGAAACAGUAUUGAUGUUUUGAUUCCGGAUGGUUUUCAUGGUGGGCCCAUCACAGGUGACAGUAGGCCCUCUUCUCUUAUUGAAAGAUGGAGGUCUAGUGGACAUUGUGAUUGUGAGGGGUGGGAUAUCGGCUGUCCUCUAACGGUGCUACAUGAUAGAAGUUCAACAGAAGCUUUUCACAAGGAGGAUUCACAGGAGACCAAGACAGUAAAUCUUUUCAUAGAGGGUACAAAGUACAGCGAGCCCCAUUUGAAAAUGUUGACGACGAGGCAAGAUACACGUACUAUAUAUUUCCAGCAAACUCUCUCAUCUCUGCAAGCUUUUUCAGUAGGAGUUGCAAUCAUCCAUUCUCAGACUCCAUCUCUACAUCCAAAUUUGUAAACAGAUAAAAAGAGAGACAAAUAUUUUUCUUUUUUAUUUGUGACUAGAUUAUAUAAAAAGGUGACUGAUAGUUUCCAUAGGUUGAUGUACAUGGGUUAUAAUCUUUUUAUCUCCUUUUUGUAAGAUAAUGCUGUAUGAUUGUUAGAUAAAGGAGAAAUCUAGAGCUUGUAAGUUGAUUUUUUAUUGAGCUUGUAACUUAAUGCUGAUUGCCUUUUUUGGGGGUUAAAGAAAAGGAAAAUUUUUUAAUAAGUAGCCUUUAUUUCAAGGCUAACAUGUAAUAUCUUCCAUAUUAUU